AUCGAAUCGUAUCGGCCGGUAUCAUAUUAUAUUAUUAUAUGCACACGAGUCGUCCUGCUGCUGCAAUCGCCAACGUUCAGCCGAACAACACUAGCAAUCAGCCUGCAGGCCCGCGGACGUACCCGUACAGUUCGACCGGACCAAACUCGGGGCACACCACAGCUGCUGCACACGUAUAACCCAUAAUACCGUGGCUUUUGACAAAAUGAUCGCGAAACGCCUGUACCUGCUCGCCCUGGUGGUCCUGUUGGCGGUCACGCAGACCCUGUCGGCCUCGGCUCAGCGGCCCAACAGAGGGCUGGUCCGGUUCGCGGACAACCAACACAUACCGAUCAAACCGAAGGCGGACGCGGUCAAGACGAAAUCGUCGUCCUCGUCGCCGACCAAAACCAAAAAGCCGGCCAUUCCCGUGCAGGUGGACGCCAAGAAAAAGACGCCUGUCAAAUCGACUACCGUUUCUCUCGCAAAAAGUGAGUAUUUUUCAAUAUUAUAAUGACAUUAGUCGUAUUCUAUCUGUAUACACUGCUGCGAGCAUAUCGUAAUAAAAGGCGCCUCCGUUGUUUUAGAACUUUUCUCGAUAUCGGUUAGGUAUAUAUGAACCCUAAUUAUUCGACUCUGCUAUUUUUCUCUUAAAACACGAUAAGAAAAAUGCAAUAACGUUGGUUCGUGCGAAAAUCAGAUACACAUUUUAAAUCAUACGUUUAUUUUUUUUUUUCGAGUUACGUCAACUUUUCAAAUGGAAUUCUCACUGAUAUUCUAAGAAAUAUUAAAAUUCGCCAUCAAAAAAUUGUCGCCAAAACAAUUUGUCUAAAGAUAUAUAAAAUCGAAUAAUAUAUUAUGAUCUUUGUUCGCUUUGUCGCUUUUUGACAAUAUUUGACGUAUAAAUUUAAGUACACGUUUCUCAGAUACCUUUACUCUAUCGUCUUUUGAAAUAAAAUAACGCGCAUUAUACGCGCGAUCGAUGAUUGGUACAAUAUGCGUUCAGUUGCAUUUUUUUUUUUUCAAAUUAUUAUCGAACCCUUUAAUAUUUAUAUUUCAAUAAUUAUCUAUAUUCUAUAUCAUGUAAUAAUACGAGUGUACGAUAAAUUAAACCAUUCAACCGUUUAUGUUUAUAGUUUUAAUUCGUAUACAAUUCUAAAAUCUAUAUUUCGUUAGAUUUCGUUUGGACGUAUACCUUUAUAGUUGUAAAGGAGUCAACAACAUAUAGUAAUUUACUUUCAUAUUUAAAUCGGUUGAAUUUAUUAGUACAAUAUUACUAUAAUAAUAUAUACUAUAUAAGUAGAUACAAAAAAUAUCCAAUGAUUUUUUUUUUUUAACUACGAUAUUAAAUCAUAUAUGUUUCAUUGUUAGUAAUAUUAAAAUAAUUAUGACUGUUUCUUUUAUAUAUUUUUAUAAAAAUCAUAUCGAAAAAUAUAGUGAUUUUUUUUAUCGAUGGAUAAGGCAAGGUGGAUUAUACGAUUAUGUACCCACCGUGAGGGCAUUCCCACGCCUACGGUAUUCGAUUUUAAUAAAAGUUUUACCUACAUUUUUAAUAACGUAUCGACGGGUAAUUGACAUCAAGGACCAUUUUUUUAUUUUUUUAACAAAAUUUAGUUUUAUUGUAAUGCAUUAUCAUAAAUUCAGAAAUAUUAUACUUUGACAAUAAAAGUUACGCACACAUUUUAUUACCUAAUGACAAACAAGCCGAGAAAAUGUAUAACACAAUUAACCACAUGAUGGUUUUGUUUUUUAAUUUUCAGAUUUGUAAUAUACUAUUAAAAGCGGUAAAGGGUAUGUAAUAGGAAAUAUGUAUUAUAUUCUUCAUGAAUAUAGGCAUAAUAUUGUAGUAAAUUUUGAAAAACCAAAAAGCACGUUUAAAUCUCAAUUUUAAGUAUUCAUUGUAGAAAUCUGAAUAGGUAAUACGUAUUCAAAUUAAAUAUAGCUAAAUAAUUUUUUUCUACAGUAUGUCACAUUUGAUUUUAAAAUAAUAAUACGUUGAUGUUCUUACGUCAAGUACACAAACUCAUAGCUGAAGAAGAAUAGAAUAAUUAAAAUUAUCGACAUCUUCUAUUUAAAAAUAUAAUAAUAUUUUAAAUAUACGAAAUAGUUGAACUUGGUAAAUUAUAUAUUGCGUAUAGAUCAACCCGAAGUUUUUUUUAACCUAAUGUUUAUGGUUGUCUAUUAAUGAUAAUGUCUAUUUAUCAAUUAAUGUUUUCUUUUUAAAACCAAUUUGAUAUUUCUAUUAGACAAUAGAAUUUUUUUCAAUUUGAAAAAAGUCAUAUAUAUCGAUAACAAUUUUCCACUCAAUCCAUAGGUAUAUAAGUAACUUCCAAUUUCGUGGCGUUAAAAUUGUUUCGUUCGCUCAUUUCAUUUACCCGAUAAACCUGAAGCAUUCCGAAUUCGACUCUUUGUAAUAUUUUAAAGGGUAAUUUGGUUAAGCAAUAAUCAUCAGGCUCUGGUUACGAACAAAAACAUUAAAUAUUAUUUUAAUUUUUAACUAGAAUUAAAGAAAAAAAAAAAUCCCACAUUUAAAACAGCCCUUGGAGUAUUUCUCUUUUUCCAAAAAAUGAUUAUAAUACGUAGUUGUACCAUGAAUUUGUAAUCAUAGGCUGAGAUACGGAGUAUGGCGUGUAUGCUUUAACACACCCUAAAUAUCAACUAUGAUCUAAAUUUUUUCAAAUUGAGGAAAAUUUAUUUUUCAUUUAUUAUGUAUAUUUAAAUUAACGCCUAGUCAAAUUAAAAAAAAAAAAAUUAAAUUUUGUAAAAUAUAGACCUAAUAUCAAAUAAAAUUUAAAACAAAUAUCUUAUUGUAUUAAAGUUUAAACUUUAGUUAGGACUAUUAGGAGCACACCCUAAAAAUACAAUCUAGCUCCGCCUAUAUUAGUAACUCAAAAAGAAUUGUUUUGAUUUUUUUUUCUAUAUCAAAAGCGUUUAAAACAUUUUAGAGUUCUGGAUAAAAAAAAAGUCUAUUUGAAACAAAAAUAUUUUAUAAACUAUUAGCUAUAGAACAAUUGUGAAUGUCCAUUUGAACAGUGAACGUUUAUUAAUCGCACGUUUUGACCCCUUAAUAUUCCGUAGUCGUGGACGUUCCACUUACCGAAACAUUGUAUAGUAUAAAUUAAAGUACAAUGCAUGUAUAAUCCGUAUGAUUUUAUGUAUAAGAAAAAAAAAACAUGAAAUUCUCAUCGAUUUCCCUUUACGACGAACAUUUUUAUCGAUCAACACAUGUACUUAAAAAAAAACGUGUUUCUUUCAACAAAAAAAAAAUUAAAAAAAUACGAAUGUGUCGAAGUUUUAUCGUUCUAUUUUUAGCACCCUUAAAUAAUGAUUGAUUUUAAUGCGCGUCUAUUAUACGGUUUUCAUAAUGUGACAGAUCGCUUCGAAUGCACGUGCAUGUUUAAUGCGAAUCGUUUCGUUUAAAUUUUAUUUUUCCACACAUUUUCGGCCUCUCUAACAAGGCCGUUUGCUGACCGGGCAACCAGUUUUUAUCGCACAGUAGUCGUAAAAAAAAAAAACAAUCUAACGGAUCAUUAUGAAAUCGUCUCAUGACGAUGCUGUAAUCGCGGCACAUCAUCACGUAUUACAGCACAGCAUCUAUAUAUUAUAUCAUUAUACCAAUACCUAUAUAAUAUAUAAUCCAAUACCUACCUAAUACUGUAUUAAAUUAUUAUACACCGUAAAUGAUACGAUGAUCUUUUAAGUAGAGCUGUGCGAAAACAAAAAAAAGAUCGACGCAAUUUUUAAUUGGUCGUAUUUAUAUUAUUAUAUUAUACUGCAACCACAUAUAGCUCUCCUGCGUCCGGUCAUCGUCUCGGAUGACUAAUCCGUGAUGCGUUUAUAUAGUAAUUUCCAUCGAGACGUCUCGUUAUACUACCUCGUGCGUACCUAUAGGUACAGGAUAUCACGAAGAAAAAAAAAACGUUCGCCGGGGCAGUAUGUAUAGUUUUAUACGCGAAUAAAAUAAAAAAAAAAUAAAUAAACCGCUUCUAUUAAAAACUCGUAUCGGACAAAAAAUAAUAAUAAUAAUAAAACGGUACGACGACGACUAUAGUACGUAAACAAACGGUCAGCAUCCGGCGGUGGCGGUGUAAUAAUUCAGAACGGCGACGGUGCAACAGGUUUCCCAGCACAGUUUUUCCCAUUUUGCGUCCGUCUCCUUAUAUGGCCGUAUACCUAUAUAAUAUAUAAUAUUACAGUUCGGCCCGGUGAGACACGUUCGUUAAUUUUUGCAAUUGAUAUAUUAUAUUAUAGAAUAAUAAUAAUAUAUAUAUGUAUAUGUAUAUACUAGCUAUAUAAGAAUAUAAAACAUUUACUCGCGCGCAAAAAAAAAAUAAUAAUAAUAAUAAAAAUGCUUUUAAUAUAAAUUUUUUUUUCAUCGGUUCCCACCGUAAACGCGUCACCGGUAUACGUAUACACACGCAUCCAGAUCAUUAUUGGUCGUGUGUGCAGUACAUACUCCAGUGACGGUAUUUCACACAUAUAUAGGAGUAGUAUACAUAACGUACGACAACGCGCACACAAACGAGACGAGAAUGCUUUAUUAUUAUUGUACGUAUACAGUGUGUGCGUGUGAUUGAUGGUGAGAAGCCACGAUAAUAUAUAAUAUAUACAUAUAGGUAUACCGUACGAUCGUAUAUUAUAUUAUUGUAUCGAAUAUGCCCAGUGAUAAUGUGCCAAAACCGAAGCGUUAAAGUCUCUGCCAAACCGUCUGUGGUAUACGAUGUUGUAUAUAAUAUACAGAAAUAAUAUUAUUAUGUUCUCGUGUAUUAUACCUAUCGAUCUACAAUACGGACGCGAUACAAUACUGUAAUAGUAUUAGUACCGACAAAUUAUUAUAAUAUAUAGCCGUGGAUGUGUAUUCGAUGCUUAUCUCAAAACCAUUCGGAUCACGUUCGAAUUAUCAAAUUGUUUUGUUUUUGUCUUCUUUUUUUUCCCACUAUUUUUUAUCGGUUUUUUCGAUACAUAUUUGCGGGUACAAACAAAAAAUAAAUAUUUAAAAAAAAAAUCCCGCGCUCGCCCAGGUGUCCGUACGGACGACACACAUAAUAUUAAAUCGGCGUAAAUUCCCACGGGAAACGUGAUGGGUUCUCGUGGAUGACGCGCGCCAAUACCGUAUGACGUAUACUACGAUAUUAUUAUAUUGUACAUAGGCAUGUCUGCAGACGGAGUGAUCUUUAUAUUCCGGGUCCGGUCUUGGUGUGGUUUUUUUUUUCGGGACCGUGAUCUCGGUGCAGAUAUAAUGCAGUUACAGUAUAUAAUAUUGUUUGUAUACUUUUUCCGGUCAUUUUUGUGUUUCAAUAAGACCGCGUACCAAUAACAAUAAUAAUCACCGGAGUUGACAUUUAAGUAGCCACAGUGGCGUUCGUCCCGUCUUUGUCUAUCAGUUGUAUAGGUAUAGCUAUAGCAAAAGUAAAAAAAUCUCUUUUUUUACAACCGUGGUCUUAGAGACAAAAUACCUAUUACAGAAAUAUUGACAACAUCACGAAGACAACAACUUUUGGCGUUUUACAAUUAUAAAAAUAUUCAAUACUCAAUAAUACGUAUUAUAUCAAUGCGUGUCAGUAUUUUUUUUGAAUAACUGUAAAUUUUUUAAUUAUUAAUAUUUCAAAAAAAUUCGGCGACCAGGUUGUUUUUGAAAUGUUGUCUUUUACAAUGUUUAUAAUAAACAAUAGAUUUAUCGCUUUAAAACUGAUGUUAAAAGCCCUAUAGUGUACACCUCCUUCCUACUUCGCCUUCAACGUACACGCGAUUUUUUUCCCUUGUUGUUGUUUUUUUUUCUGGACUAAACACGUAUGUGCCGAGAACUACCAUAACGGAUUUCCCGCGUAGACAUACGCGCUUUGUCGGCUGUGGCGGCUGCGGAUGUUAUUGAUUUGUCAGGCACCAAUACGCACGAUAGGCCGAGAAAAUGUUCUGUUGAACAUUUUUUUUAUAACACGUGCGUUAAAUGAUUUCCGUUAUCGUCUGUGAAAAUAAUACGUUUUCAAUAUUUUACGCGCAACCGUUUGUGAAUUUAAUAAAUUAUUAUUUUAUUAUAAUGUACGCAGUUCUCGAAUUUGAGGCGAAUACUGUGGGACGAACUUCUCUACUGUUUUUUUCUUUUUUAUUAAAGUCUUCUUAUUACUUAUAAUUUCUGUGGGGUAAAAGGACGGUAUGUUUCUUUUCGGAAAUAAUAAUAUUUUUGAAAAAUAUGUACUAUCAACUCGGAUAUAUCCAUAUAUAAUAUUAAUAGUGGUAAUGUAAACAAAAUAUAUAUUCUAAAUUCAUUUUAAAAUUCCUUCCUAUCCAACCAGGUCUCCUGUUCCUUUUAAAUUAUAAAGUCGUCCACAUCACUAUAAUUAUGGUAGAUAUACGGGUUUACCCGAUUGAUCUAAUUUUGGCAAUGAGUAUCCCCACUUAAUCUAGCUUUUAGUUAGACCGUUAAUAUUAUUUAGUGUCUGUAUAUUUUACUCCAUUAUAGCUGUACAUUAUUUUAAUUAUACAUGAAAUUGCAAGUAUGAGUAUACGUGUAACGUACUCUAACGUGAGUAUGUAUUUAAAUUAAACUUUGCGAAUUAUAUUGGACUUCAGGCUCGUAAUUAUAUAAAUCAAAUAAAUAUAUGUUAGCAAAAACGUAGUAUUUUUUUUGUAAAUUACAUAUUGUUGAAUUAUGUUUGAAAAGUGGUGUAAUAGCCAAUAGGGUUGUGGGAGCGUAGCUCCUCGCGAGUUAAGUUGUCGAGUUCAAUAAUUGUAAGGGACGCUAAUUUUUCUUUUAACAGUCUAUAUUACGGGCAAAAUACAUAUCAUUGUAUAAUUCAAUAAAAGAUCCGCCUAUAUAAUGUGUUCAAGACGAUGUUCUCGGUAGAAAACAUAAAACGACCGAAACAACACUUUAAGUCGUAUAAUAUUGGACGUAGGUAUCGGGCGACACUAUCCGUACACAUUUUGUACAUAAAUUCUAAAUUCUUAGCUAAACAGAUGCAUCUGCCGUGGUUAAAUUAUUACAGAUGUUUUUUGACAUUUGCAUUUGCAUACCUAUACUCAAACCUAACCCCCGCAAUCUGUAAAACACACACGUCAUGUAAAUACAAUAUAGACAUUAAAUUUAUACAUAGACACUAAUAUAAUCCGAUAUGCAUAUUACAUUUAUACGCGCACGCUAGAAACUACAACUCCAUUAUGAAUUCCAAAUGUUCGAUAUUACGUAUAACAUAUAUUACACAAAAUUUUCUCUGGCGUUACACGAAAAUCAAAUAAGUAUUAUACUGUUUUGACGCGGGACAUUCGAACGGUUAUUUGGCGAUUAAUUUCAAUAUAAACUGCAUCGUCUGCGCGUGCAUACGAAUUUACAUAAUCCGUCGUUUGACCUAUGAUGACCGUUCUUGCAUAAUGUAUACCUGCACGGCAGUUGAAAGAAUAAUUCACCGCGUGGCUGAAAAAAUAGAAAAUAAUAAUACAUACAUGUAUAGAAUAAUUUAAUGACUUGGUGCAGCAACAAGACUAUAGUCCACUUUUCUAAAUUGUUUAAAAAAAAGAAAAAAACAUCUAUGGAACUUGCCUUCUUUUUCCACAGAAUUCUUUUGAACCAGACAAUCCUUAUCAAUAUUUUCUCCAUAUCUAGAAGACGGACUUACAUAAUUGUUGCGCCAAAUUAUGUAGCGUUUAUUAUUUUACACGAAACUAUCGAAAAAUAAUUUUGGACUAUCCUCGUUGUUUUUUUUCAAUAUUGUAAUAACUGCAAUGUACAACAAGUCGUAGAAAUAAUCGAAUCGUAUAACUUAUUAAAUGUUUUAUUUAUAAAACCUUUGCUUAGAAAAUAUUAUUUGGUAAUUAGAAGUACAACCUAUUGUAACGUAUAUAAUAUAGUAUGUGUUCCUAGAACAAAAUUUAGGACUAAGGAAAAGUCAUAUUUGAUGGAUGUGAAACGUUCAAAUUUUAAUAUGGAUUUAGUCAAAUUGUGAAAAAAAUCAACAACAAACUUGGGUACUUACUCCCGAAUAAUCUUUGGGUAAGGCAUUAAGAGGGAGUACUUAACAAUUGAUGGACAUUGGCGCCAAACGGCUUAACAUAGCUCUGAAUAGACGUAUCUGUACUUCAACUUUUCCGUUAAGGUAAUAUUAUCUGGCGAUAAAGUGCCAUACACAUCAUAAUGCCUCUUAGGUCACGAAGUAAUUUAUCCUCGUAUAGGAUAUCCAUUCACGCGGUUACUGAAUUUAAACGAGUUAGACGCGAUUAUGUUGUAAAAUGUGUAUGUGUAUACGACUAAAGUACAAAACGAAUCGAUAGGUACUUAUUUAUACGAAAUUCAACGUUUGCAAAUCGUCAAACGCGUGGGCGUCUAAACUGCCUAAAAUCAUUAACCGCGGGUAGAUAACAGGUAUAGGAAAUAAUAUUUUAUCGCGUAUACCUAUCGUUUUUUACGACCCACGUAUACAUUUUCGGACUCUCGAAGUUUAAUUCUGUAGUUUGUAAGCAAACGGGUUGCACGGUUUUAAUAAAAAUAAUAAUAUAUGUUAUGGGUACCCACCAUUUUUUUUAUCGUUUUUUAUUAUUAUUUUUUUUUUUUGGCCAACAUCUGUGCAUCGUUUAUUCCCAUGCAGGGCCUACACUAUCCGUGAUUUAUUAUAAUAUUUGUUGUAUUCCCGUAGUUUUGAACCUAUAAUAUUAUGAUGGGCCUGUACCGUUUUCGAUUUUUCAAAUAUAUUAUUAUUCCUGUCGUCCUCUUCACCGUAUCUACCUCGUCAGGCGUGUAAACGUGUCCAUUAUUAUGGACGAGCCACAAGGUUCCCCAAAUGUGAGGAAAAUAUUUGUUUUUUUAUUUUAUAUAUUUAUAGUAUAAUCAAUCCUCGAUGAAACACUAGUUAUCUCGGAAAGGAUUUACUUUUUUGAUUUUAUUUUUUUUUAACGACUUAUAAAACAAAUAGCUGUACAUUGCCGUUAUUUGUUGUUAUUUUUGUUUUCGGGGAUGAGACCAUCGCUCAUUUUCGAUUUUUAAAAACACAUUGAAAAACGCUAUAAAUUGAUGACCUUUUAGUUCAAAAAAAUAUGGAAAUGUUUUAUUUCCGCCCUGUACAUAUUAUGUGCACUGCGGAAUGUCUGAACUCUGAAGUCACUGGUUUCCCGAUACACCGGUAUGGGCAGCAGGUUUUGCGCGUAACUGUUUGUUAUGGUAUUAUUAACGUUAACGGCUUCUCUUGCAUUUUUUCUUCUUUUUUUAAUUUUAUGCAAUAUCACCGCCUUCCGGACAUUUCACGCGACAAACUAUAUACUUUGCCCGCGUUAGUGUCCGGCCUUCCGUUGCUAUACAUCGGAAUAAACCGACGACGGCACAACCGAUCGAUUUGAACGCGCGGAGGCGUUAUAAAAAUAUUAUCUUUUACAAGAACACGCACUUGUUACCGCAUUGGCGGCCGUUUUUCUACAUACAUUAUUAUACACGUCGGUCGUUCAGUUUUAUUAUUAUUACCUACUGCGGCGGCGGCGGUUUUCGCUCUCUCACUCUCUUUCUCUAUCUCUCUCUCUCUCUCUCUCUCUCUCUCUCUCUCUCUCUGUAUAAUAUAUAAUAUAGAGACUCCCGCGUACCGGAAUGUUGAUACUGUAUUAAUAUUACCGUCCCGCGGCUAUGUCAGACGCAUAUUUAAUCAUAUUGAACUUUCCAAAAACACGAAGUGCUCUGCGCCCGCCACUCCCGCGAUCCGCGCGAAUCCGUUUUCGGGGUUCACACGGCCGCGAUCCAUUUAGGCCGUUUCCGAUGAGCAUACAAAUUACCAUUGUGCACACUACCAGGUAUCGACCGUCAACCGAGUAGGUCUUCUAUAUACUUAUACGUACCGAAUCCUAACGUAAUAGUAGUCUUCACGAAUGGAGAGCAAAGGGCUAAGAGUCUCUCACUCCCAAACAAAUUUGCCAUAGUAAUAUAUUCAUUAAAGUGAUGGCACUCGUCAUGCCAUUUUUGUGUGAAAGACUUAAAAUGCCUAACGAAAAUUGAGGUACUUCUUGUGGUUCAAUUUUAAAAAUGUAAAGAUGUAUAUGAGUUUUUAAACAAGUUUACACGACAAAUAUACUAUCAUUAUUAUUUACUUUGCAUCAAUCGAAGCAUAUACUUGUCAUUAUUAGCAUUUUUUGAAAUUAAAUUAUUUAUCAUCGAAAACUGACAAAUUUAUAAACAUUUCGAACGUUUUAUUCUCAUAAAAAUGUGGUUUCGCCGAUUUAAAGUAAACUUUUUAUGAAUUCAAACGUGAACCCUUUUUUCACUACAUUUUCGUGUUUUGCGCAAAAACCGAUUUUAUUGAUCAAAUCAGUAUCAUUAUGAAAGCUAAUCGCGAACAGCCCCCCCUCAACUUUUUCAUCAAACAAACUCAUAACUAUAGGUAAAAUAAGUUUUAUCUAUAACCGAAUUCUUGCCUCUCGAAAAACUUUUUAAGUUUUGCUACAGAAAAUGCCGAAAUCCUGCAGGCUAGGUCGCUGAUCAUGUAAUAUUGAUUUCGUCACCUUGCACACAGCCCUGUAGGAGUGUAUAGGUUUUUUGCUAUUGUAAAGAUGAUUGGUCUUAUGACUUUUUUUUUAAUAAAAUAAAUAUUCGAUAAACAUACGAUGUACAAUAUUAUUAUCGAAAAACACAUCGGAUUUCUAAUCUGAUAAAUAUCGUCGUGUUUUAUUAUCAAGGAACACGCGUGGCCCGCAGAGACUCGGUGUGUCAUCGCGUACGCGCAUCACGCACGUGAUAGUACGAUAACGGAUCGCCAGUCCGGAAGGCGGUGAUAUUGCGUAAAAUUAAAAAAGAAGAAAAGAAGCAAGAGAAUCCGUUAACGUUAAUAAUAUAUUAUUAUUAUUAUAUAAUAUAAUAACAGACAACUAUGCGCAAGCAUUGUCGGCGGGGGAGUUGGCGGGAUAAAAAUUCAUCGGACUUGGCUAUUUCAGUAGAAAUUCUCAGACUUCUAAUUAAAUAUUAUUGUUUAUUAGACAGUUGGCCGCCGCCGGUCGUUGUAUUAUUAUUAUUAUUAUACGCCGUCGAUUAUCAUUGUUAUCGUUUGUCGCGUCUCGAACACAUGCCUCUUUAUAAUUAUAUAGAAAGAUACGAGUUUUAUACGCGUGACGGGGAAAUAGCUGGAUAAAAGUAUUUCAGUGUAAAAUAUCGUGUACAAGUUUUUUCUUUACACUCAUCAAGAAAUAAGCUACAAGUUUAUCUUUACCCAAUCUAGAAAAAUAUGUCAACACCUGUUAUUCUUUAAGCAGUUUGUUUAUAAUCACGGUAGACUCAUUAUUAUUAUUUUUUUAUUUUUUUUUUCACCGGCUUACGGUCUGAGUACGAGAAGCGGCCCAGUAAGCAUUUGUUCACACAUGUCCACCGAGUCAGUCUGUCUCUGCCAACGGGCCAAACACUGACAGUUGAUUAAGCGAAAAAAAACAAAUUUGGUUUGAAAAUUGUUUUUUCUUUUCCUUGUAUCGUCCUCCGAAUACUAUACAUUACACUCGUAUAAUGCCAUAGGUGUAGUGUACGCGUUAAUGUACUUCGUUUAUACACUAGCAUUUCACGCGCAGACACGUAGGAGGUCUCGAGGUAGAUCCAAUCAGGAAUCCUGAGGAAGAUAAAUUAAAAAAGAAAACGUUACUACAGGGGGGGCGGGUGCAAAAUGUCGCAUCUCACUUUUUUCAACUUCUAAUCUCUUUGGGCGAGUGGACGAUGUAGAAACAAGACAUGAUCUCAACGACGCAACCUGAAUUGAAAUACGGACCUAUUUUCGUUGCGCCAAAUGAUAUAAUAAUAUAAUUUAUAAAUCUAUACAUUUUUAAACUAAUACUUUUCCACAUCGUUUUAGAUUCUGCGAGUAACGCGAAGCGUUUUUAGUUUUAUCAAGGUACGUCGGUGCGUGUUUUUUUUUUUUGUCGAAAAGUUUUCUCGUUCCACGACGUUUACUUUGCGGAUCUUUCUAUACCGUCGGUACUUUAUUCGAACGUUUCUCUUGCUAUAGGUUAGUUUUCCUAAAACAAAAAAUUCAAAAAUCCCGACGACAAAAACUGUCGACGUUUCGGUUUUCUUUGUUUCACCGAUCGGAAAUCCGCGGUGGCACGCGGGCAAGAGACGUAUUAAUUGACGGUACGGCGGAAAUUUAUUCGAUUUCUCGGCGGACCGGUCGCCUUUUUUUGAUCUGCGACAACGGCGAAGACGGUGGCGGCCCGCGCAAUAACCCGCCACCGCCGCCGCCGACUUGUACCCGAGACACAAUUUAUUCGUAUUUUAUACCGCCGCCGCCGUUUAAAUUGCGUUCGUCGUUUGCUCGCUCGCCGUUCGUGUUUAUAAUAAUAUUUUAUAAAACCGUCUUCGUCGUUUCGUUUGGUAUUCCGACAUUGUCGCAACUAUAUAUAUACACACAUACGUUUCAUGCCCAUGCGACGGCCGCCAGAGUUCCCAUUAAAUUCCCCGGCCGCGCGCAAAGACUUUGCGUACCUACCUGUUGUUUCGGUUUUCGGUCGAAGGUCGCGAUUUUUCUAUGUUCAACCGGUAACCGCGCGCACUUCUUCGCGUUAUUAUGUCAUUAAAAUAUCGUAUCAUUAUCACGCUGCAGCCGGUACUUGUGGCACAGACUGCGGUUCAGCGGUUCGAACUCCUCGCAAUGUCCGCUCGUAAACGCGGCCCGACCCGUAGGCACCCACAUAGGCAUGCCUACGUAAUAGGCGUGAAGUGCCCGCGCGCGCCGAGAUUCCCGAGACGACGACGACGUCGACGAUUAUUCGGAGCGUUCGAGCGGCGAUGGCAGACGUCUCACCGCUCGCUCAUUACCGAUUUAACGUUCAACCGGGCACGUCGCCUUAAAUUUAAUAUCACAUUUGAUUUGUCGCAGUCGGAAACACGGGGUUUUCGUACGGCGCGGCGUCUCGCGGUCGUCGGCUCCCUGGAGCGCGUUUCCGUCCCCGCGCGUUACACGUCCGUAUUAGGCCGUGUGUAUACAUACAGACGUGUAUCGUCGGGUGGUAUAGUCGACGAGUCAAAAGCGCAACUGCCGGCCCGGCGAUCGUUACGUACGAUAUUUUAUGUAAUCACGCGGUCCGGCGAAUUUUCCUCUCGGAACAUCCAGCGGUUCGAAAUAUUUCGAAAACAAAUUAUUACGGCUCGUAACGCGCUAUAAACAACAGCUAGUAUAAACACCGUGAAAUGUUUGACAGUGUGUUUUUUUUUUGUCCGAGCAAUUUUUUCUACCGCGAGUCUUGUUCCGAUCAAAACAUGACAAGAUACAAUGUUUAUUGAAUACAAUUGUUGCGUUGGAGGGGGGAAGGAGAUCAUCGGUUCGAUUUCCCGUGAAGUUUUCUUAAUCGUUUGCAAAAAAUUACGGCACUUCAAUUUAUGUAUUACUGAACUGCGCUCGGAAUCGUCUUUCGUCAAUCUAUGGUUUAUCAUUGCUUACGGAUAUAAAUGAAAUAACCUUAUGUAUUCUACAUUCUCAACGUCUCUCAUACAACAGUGGCCGCUCCCCAUCCCCAAUAUCAGCUCUUUUUGUUUUGUUUUUAUUUGGUAGGAAUUGCAUAUGUAUAAAAUUGUUUGAUCAAACAAAAGUGCUUGAAGAUUUAACACGAGAGGUCUAUUAUAAAUUGUAUUUGUUGAUAAAUAAUAACAAAAACUAAAAAUUUGGACGAAAAUCGUAAAAAACGACGGCAUUUAAAAACAUGUAUACAACCGAACUUGGCUCAGAAACGUUUUUCGUUAGCAAAGGAUUAUCGUUCCGUACAGAUAUAAACUCUGUAUAUCCUAUAUCUUCCUGAUUUCCCGCCUACAACAAUAGCACACUCGUCCUCUCAGUAACAGCUCAUUUUUAUAUAUAUACUAUACCCAAACGGGAUAUUUUGUACGGGGGAUAUCUUGAACUGAAAGUACGAGUAUAUUUUCCGAAAGCGUACCCGUUGUAGACUACGGUGCUCGGAUUUUAUAGCAUUCGCUAAUUAUUAUAAGACACAGAUACAAAUAGCAGAAUGAGCUUUACAUUUGUUUUGCGCGCCAGACUCCAAAUAUGAAAUUUAAUAUUGCUAUUUUUUGCAUAUUUUAGAUUUUUAGUAUCUCGUAGUGUUUUGAUCGGACCAAGAAUCGCGGUAGAAAAGUUGCUCGGACAAAAAAAAAAAAAAAGGUCUUUUUAACCGUUUUUCAUGUUUUCGCGCAGACAUAGCUUGUUUCAAAAUUUGUCGGGUCAUAUUAUAGCGGAUAUUUCGGCUUUUUUCAGUGCUACAAAAUCCGAGCCCUGGCUUAUAAUAAAUAAACGAUCGGAUAAUGAACAACGACCCGCGCGGCACAAUACCGCAACAUAAUGUCCGCGGCGGCUCCCUCCGAUCGACGGAAUUACGAAAACCGAUCUCGUAUGGCGCGCAUUGUAAUAGAACAGGGGACGUGUACGAUCGGCCGCCGUCGCGUCGACCGUAACCGCGGCGGCGAUCGAUAAUCGAUGCGUUAUAUUACAUUUAGACGUCGCGUUCGUUUAAUAUAAAAUAGGAAUACACAAACAUUCCGUUUCCCGUGUAGAACAUUGAGUCGGGUCGUGUACGCGAUGACGGCGGCGACGGAAAUAAUGAGCAAGAUAGGAAUCAUGUCUCGUCCCCGCGCGACGCUAUUGUACCGGUUCCAAAGGGGCCACCGGGUUAACGGCGGCGGCAUGCGCCGCGAAUCUAAUGGCCGUACACAUACGCGAUGUGACAAUAUAAUAUAAUAUUCGUUUAACGAGGUCGUAAUGCGUCGUCUUCGCGUUUUCGUUUAAUUUUGUAUUUAUCGUCGAACGAAAUAAUAUCUAUAAUAUUAUAUUGUAAUAACGUCGUCCGUAUAACAACGACCGGCUCGCCGCCACCGCGGACGUCGACCGCGCCGGGUUUGCCGCGCGAACCCGAGCCGUUUUCGGAUAAAAUUAUUAUAUAAAUCUGAAGACGCGAGCGCGCCGAACCCGAUACUUUAUCGUGAAAACACGACGGAAUAUUUAUUUUGUUUUUGUCGUACCGCCUCGGCUGCUCUCGCGUCACAUUUGGCGGCCUCUACGCGAGGAGCCAAGCGUGUUGUGAGCGUCCGGUUUUUCCCGGUUUUACAAUAUAUUAGCCCGUCGAGUAUUUUCUAGGCCGACUCUUUGAUUCCGGAAAAUGGAUCUAUGGAGCUCUGAUGUAUAGAGCGUAGGCGUGCCGUCUUUUCCGAAAGGAAAUUUCGUCAAAUCGGCGAUGCAUAUUUAGAAGGUCAUUUUUUGAUUUUCCAAUGUGUUUUCGUAUAAUAAUUGGGAAAAAAAAUUACCGGAACAACGGCGUAAAUAUUUGCCGUUGUUCCGGUAAAAACAUUUAAGCCGCUUUUGAGCUAACUAUAGGAAUUUUAUAUUGGCGUGUUUUUUACGUAGUUUUUGUUGGGUAGAUUUUAUACAGAUAUAAUUGUUUGACUAGAAAUGUGUGAACAUUUAACAGGAGUUCAUUAUAAGCCAUACUUAGUGGUCAACAAAUAAAAAAUUAAAAAUUGAGUGAAAUGUAGUAUUUCUUUUAUUAGAUUUUUAGUAUGAAAUUUUAACGAAAAAUCGUAAAUAUUGGAUAUAAUAAUAAUUAAUGUUGACCAAACGUAUACGUGUGGGGAAUCGCGCGUCGUAUUUACACACACACACACAUGCGCGCGUGAAUGUCCUAGCACACUUUCCAUACAUUCGUACACGAUAUAAUAAUAUACUGUAAUUUUUUUUUUUUUUUUUGACAGAUGUAUUGUACAAGACGUAUUAUACAUAAUAUAAUGUAUAGGUACACGUCAUAUUAUUAUCGGUGCACCUAUAAAUGCACGGACGCGACGACGUGAUCGAAACAAUAUUACAUUAGGUGUAUAUAGCUACCGUUAACGGUAAAACUAAUCGCGUAUUUUUUUUUUUUUUUUAAACGUUAAAAAAAAAUAACGCGAUCUAAAUUCGUACCUAUAUAAUAAUAAUAUACAUUCCGGACGUAUACGAUAUUAUUAUUACUAUACGCGAGUAUAUUUUACACGACUCCUUGGGUAGGUACUCCUCCGUGUAGUCUCAUAAUAUUAUAUACAGGUAGGUAAUAAUAACAUACGCUUGUCGGACUUCGCGGUAACCACCGUGGUAGAUACGAAAAUUACGGACGUUCCAAAACGACUGCAGAGGUACCUAUAUCAUCAUAGUACUAGACGAAUAUCAUUAUUAUAACGACGGGUGUUUCGUUCUUGUCGCGCGUCGAAAUCACCGCGAGGAAAACGACGGCCGACUAAUCGUAAGCACGUAUAGAUAAAUAAUAUGUUACGGUUAACGAUGUGGAAUCUGUUAAUAUUUUCACAUUAACCGAUUUCGCGCAGUUAUAUAGUAUUAACAUUACGGUGUAUCGGACGUCUGUUAUCAAAAUUGAAGGUAAGAACAUAGUAUAAUGUUUUUCACGAUCGAUUUUUCGAUAUUUUUCAGGUCGGCGAUUUAAUUACGAUAUAGUAAUUGUAAUAUUUCACACGUUCGUAACACGUUUAAAAAUAUUAUAAUACAUGGGAGGAAAAAAAACCGUACAGAAAUAGAAAAAUAAUGUUCUUACCUUUAAGUUCGACCCUAUAGCAGAGGCGUUAUUUUGGGGGAGGGCAGGAUUAUGCAUUUUACCGACCCUAGAUUUUAAAGUAGCUUUGGGCCUUUAAGUGUCUAGAAUGGACGGGUUAUGUAUGUCGAGCGGAGGAGAGCAUAAUUCAGAAAGUACUGAUUAACAAACCAACUGGCAAAUGUCCUAUGGGAAAACCUCGGCAACGAUGGCCAGAUAGAGUAAAUGUAGUUAUAAAAAUGGUAGACGUAACGGCAAAACUCAUAACUCGAAACAACUAUUGACCGUGAUAAAUGGUGGAACUAAGUACAAGCUACAAAAAGCCUCAAUGGCCUAUCAAGCAAUAAAAAAAAAUCUAGCUUUAUAUACUUAUUGGGUCAGUUAUUAUUAUACCUUACCUUAGCAAAUAUUGAAAUGACUCCCCAGUCCUAUAGGCGUAUACAUUCUAAUAUUAAAAUACUAUAACAACACAAAAUCGGUUUUUGUAUACAAACCUCACCGUAACAUUUUCACGUUUAACCGCGUUUAUAAUCUGUAUUUAUCAGAGACGUGAUGUUUAUACCACAUCUCUGGUUACUGCGUGGCUCGUGAAUUCCCACGAAAAAGGAAUAUUUGGGCGGGGUCAUCGCUACACUACGUUCGGAUACAUUUCGAUACGUACAUCUAGAAAUGUAGAACGCGUUUGGAUAUAUAUUACUAUGCAUCAUAACUUCUAAUCGUUUAAGUUUUUCGGUCUGUCCAACUAGUAUUGCCUUUCUAAGAGAUCUUCGCCAUGUCUUCGAUAUAUUCCUUUUCAUAACUAUAUAUUUUAGGCACAGUUCACCGCUUGUCUGCGAUAUAAAAUUUGUUCUAGAUUUUUUCCGUAUUAUUCCUUCCUACAAUAUGUGUAUAAGACCAUUGCACCUCAAAGUACGACUUAGUCAUUGUAGUUUCCCCCCUUUUUAUGGUAUCCGACACGUUGUCCUUUAGCGCAUUUACUUGUUGCACUAAUACUCGAUCAUUUGAUACCUUAUCCGUUCAGUUAAUCUUUUGCGUGCGUAACUAAAAUAAUCGCUACAGUUUUUCAUCGAAAUUUAGGUGGGUACGAGGUAAGACUAGACGGAUAUAUUUGUCGAUAUUAUAUUGUAAUAAUAUUUGAACAAAAUCAACAAAAAGAAAAUUUGAAUACGUCAUAAAUCAUAUAAUAUAUCAUAUUAUACACGUAUUACGUAUACGUGUAAUCGAAUAAAACGAGCGGAGUGGGUGGUUCAGAAAAAUGUUGGCUACUUCGGUGAACGUAAUAUAGUCCAACUCGCCACUGACCCGAUCGUAUUGAAUUUCGGGUGGAUUUGUACCGAAACGUGUUGGCGGUUAUCCUUAUCUAUACCUAUCUCAGAGAUAAUAGAACAAUAACAAUAACCUUAUCGAUUAUGAUCGUUUAACGGCAUCCGACCUCCAGAAGUGACGAAUGCGAUCGAUGAACGCAUUCGUAUACAAGUACCUAGGGGGGGGGGACCGUUGCGGUGCGGCGACGAUUUAUACGCUGCGGUUGCUGUCUUGGUCGCGGUGACACGGCGACCGUGUUUUUUUUGUUUGUUUUCUUUAUUGCUCCCGUAUAAUAUUAUGCUAAUAAUAAUGACUUGUCGUUAUCAUAACAUUAUUAUCAUACAAUAUACGAAAACGUACCCGGUUUAGCGAUCGGCCGCGAUAACGUUGGCAUAUAGGUAACGUUUCGAUUGUAAAACCGCGCGAUCGCCCGCAGUGGACGAAAUCCGUCGCGUUUCUAGCAAAGUAAAAAAACAAAAAAAAUAAAAAACCUCUCGAGCCCGUAUAAAAAUAAUAUUACGUGUUUAUUUUUUUUUUCUUUAAGCCCAAUCUCCGCGUUAUCCGCCCACCGUCAUCGUCGUCGUCGAGUCCUCGGCAUUGUAUUAUUAUUAUACUACGGCUAUAAUACGUAUACAUAAUAUGAUUAUAAUAGCUACGUGUAUUAUUAUAACACGCGACCGCCAUCACGUCUCCGGACGAUCGUUUAUCAUAUUAUCGUAUUUUUUUUUUAUGUAAAGAAGGCGAGCGCAGAUAUUAAAAAAAAAAAACAUAUUAUACGCGUCGCAAUAUAUUAUAUUAAUAUCUUCGUUUUGUCGUCACAGCACCGACGCGUGAGUAUUAUAGGACGCGUACAGCUGCGGUCACUCGCGGGUUCGAUUAAAAUCGGUAAAGAAGGAUUACCUAUUAAAAUUCCUAGACUCGCAGGCGCGAUCCCGACUCUAUAACAUAACCCCUUCGUAUAUAUUAUUAUUAUAAUAUCGUGUCCGUGUAUAAUGUGCAACAUUCCGGACCCGACGAAAACUCGCCGAGCGGUAUAUUUUACAACGGAUGUUCACGUAUACCGCGCGCACUCUUAACGGUUGUUCUUCCGAAACGCAUUUGCGACUUGGAACGAGAAAAAAAAAUGCAAAUAUACGGUUUCGAAAUAAAUUAUCGGGUAUAAUAAUAUAUAGACUAUAUUAUAAUGUUAUAGACAUACGGGCCGAAACGGGUUUUAUUUUUUUUUUUAUGCGCAUUGGACGCGUAUACAGUAUGUUAUAGGCGGGCGGGUGUACACACUCAAUUUCAGUCGGCUUAAAAAUAAUAAUUGAUAAUACCAAAUAAACAACGGGCAACAGAGAUUAACAGAGGAAGGAGAAGAAAAAAAAAAGUUUCGUAUUAUUCUUUUUUCGAUUUUACCGUUGCAAUAAUACGAUUUUAAUAAUACACAGUGUUAUACAUAAUCUUAUUAUUAUUAUUAUUAUUAUAGUUAUGUUUGCCUAGUAGCCGUUCAUGCCCGUUCUCCGCGGUUAAGUCGCGUAUGUUUAUAUUAAUAAUACAGGUACCUACCACGGAUACCUUUUAUAACCGCACUAUGCGCAUCGUGCACUCGUAGGUAUUAUAUUGUUGUUCCGCCACUAUAAACACUCGGCGGCGGCAGUAUCAUUAUUAAUUAACACCACGUCCCCGCGACGACGUCAUAUUUUAUUCGCGUUAUACAAAAGAAGCACGUAUAGGUCCGAGUGUGUAUAAUAUUAUUGUUAUUGUUAUUACGAUCUCCGUCAACAUCACCGUCUUCAUUGUGCGUUCUCCGUUAUCAUAUUUUAUAGGUAGCCGUAAUAUCAUUGUUCCGUUAAACGCAUUGCGCGCCGGUGGGCGUCAUUCCGACAUUAUUGACACCACUGCAGUAUAAUCGGCGAAACGUACCCCGAAACGACCUAUACUAUCUGUUACUCAAUAACCGCCCCGCCCCCCCUGAUGGUUCCCCGCGAUUUUCCCCGUUCGCGAUACAUCCCGAUUUGCUCUCGUCUAUUUUUCACUCUAUCAACAAACGAUAAACGGAGUUAUAGUUUCGUAUCGAGCACUCGCCCAAACCUAAACCGUAAGAAAAUCUAAAAGCGACCGCAUUCAUUUCGCCACUGAUUGAUUAAGUCUGCGACAAACUUAUAUUUGUCGACUGAAAGAUAGAGAUAUAAUGAGAGUGAUUUAACUACCAAAAACAUAAAAAAGUCGAUAAAAUAUUUUGUAUUUCCCAUUUACUAGGAAGGAAAAGAAUGAUUUAACCCCAUGUCAAAUGAACGUUUUAAUUUUUUCGCAAAAAUAAUCAAUUCUGAAGUUAGAUUAUUUUAUAUAAUAUGCACUUGCACAGUUAUAGGUAUUAUAUUAUAAUUCUUAAAUAUAAAUUGUAAAAUAAUGAGCGUUCAUCAUGAAACGUAAUUUCAAACGCGUUUCGUUAUUAUCGGUCAAUAUAAAUGAUAAUUUAAAACGUAAUACUAAGACGAAUUAUUUUAGCAUAAAAUAAAAUUAACAUUCAAAUUGCAAACCUGUUUGUUACGUAUUUCCAGAAAUAUUUAUAUUAUAGGUUCGCACAUUAAAAACGUUGUAAGGUCUAUUGUGUAGGCAACUUAAAUAACAUACUCGUACGACAUUUUUGGAUUAUGCGAUCAAAUUAGCACUAUAAAAAAAUAUAAUAAUUAUAGAUCAUUUUAUGAAUACGAAAAAUAAAUCUAAAACACGCACGGGAUGUGUUGCGUGUUUAUGGAAAUUAAUACAAAUAUAUGAUUAUCUACCUAACGUCUUUAUGCGAUAUCAUAAUAUUGUUAUCAUACAGUUGGUUUUAUAAUAAUCAUAUUUUGUAUUAUUGUUUUUUAAAUAAUUGUAUUAUAAUAUACUAGAAAUUGUACUUGUUUGUUAUCACCCCCUCACUCUUGUUUGUUAUCGAAGCGAUAACAAUGUCGAUCAGUAAAUUAUCACGUAUAAUAAUAUUAAACACAAUAUAGUACAGUUCCAAAAUUUCUUAAGAUCUUAUCUCAUUAUCUUAUAGUAAUAAAUAAAUAAUAAUAGCAACAACAUAGACUGACAAAGCCGCUUGCUGACAUAUAGUUACUAAUAAGUUACCAACUUUCUACUAUAACCUAAUGAAAAAUUGCACGUACAAUUAAUUUUACCUAGUUAAUCACCGUAGUAUUGGCCGAGAAACCAAAGCUCGCUUCAUAAUGUAUGUGACUGAUUGGUCGGAAAAAACAUUGUUACUCGCCAAUUAUCAUACGGAAAUAUUUAAGACCAGAAUUUAUAAUUUUUUCUAUUUGUUGAAACAAUUUACAAUAAUCUGGAUACUAUCAUCCACACUCAUAAUUUCGUUGAUCCGAGCACAGGAAUACACUCAUACAUUGAAUACACUCAAAUCAUCGGGAGGUUAUGAGAUUUUGCUAUAAAUAAAGAAAUAAUAAAAAGCGUUGUAAAUAAUAUCAAUGGAGACAACUUAAUAAGCAAAAUGCAUUUGAAAUUUUUUUCAAAGAUAUAUCUGCGAAUUCUGGCCACCAUUAUAAUUAAAUACUUAAACAUUGAGUUUUUAUUAUAUAUUUCCAAUAAUCCUAUAUUUUUUGAUUUUUUUUUUUUAAAAUUUUAAUAUUAUUAGAUGUAGCAAGACAUAUAUUUUAAAAACUGUACUAAUCUUUAUUAUGUUUGUUGUAUUGUUGUGUACGAAUUUCACAUUUUUUAUUCACGCGUACACGUACAUAUUAAUUCAUGUUUUCAAUCGAGACCUCUACGACCAUAAAAUGUAACUACUUUGCCAUACAAGGCACGUCAUCCCAGACGGUUUUUUUAAAUAACCACUACCGUGCAUAUAGGUACACAUGAGUAUACGUCAUACUCUACAGCAGCUAGUGUUUUUCUUAUUCGCAACGAACUAUUGAAAUGUUGGUCCUUUAUUUUGUAUAAUAUUAUAAUACAGGUAUAUAGUGUGCGUGCCAUGAAAAUUCCGUUACAGUAAAAUUGUGUGUGUGUGUGUGUGUGUGUGUGUGAUAUUCGAUAUCACCGAAAUAUUAUUAUAAUCGGAUCUGCGAGGCGGUGGACAACUUACGCUCUUUUGUCGGUCAUUUCAAUGUCCCAUAUAGGUUUACCUCAUUAUUCAUUAAUACACGAAAACUCGUUUUUACAACGGUAACUUUAUUAGUUGUUUUUUUUUUUUUUUAUCGUUAUUAGGUAUAGUUUUUAUUAUUUGUUGGCCAUUUCUUUUAUUUAUGCAUAUGGUUUUUUGGCGUAACAUUACCACCGGGUUUAAAUUGAUCUCCUCCGUACGAUACGGUCUAAGAAAUGAUCAAAAACCACUUAUGUAUAUGUGUGUGUGUAUGAGAAUCAAGUGGUCAGGGUUCAACGUCCCUAGGCCACUAUAUAGAAUGUGGCAAAAUGUCAACCGGAUUUUCACGAACACAAGCGCGUGCAUAUAUACCUGUUCUUUAGGACUCUAAUACAUUCGGACCAAAUAGAAAAAAAAAAUAACACUACACAGAUCUACAAUAACAAUAAUAAUCGAUUAAUCGUGAUAAAAUAAGAAAUAAUAAUAACACGUAUGUGCACGAACACCGUGUGCAUUAGACCGUUAGAAAAUAAUAUAUAGGUAUUUAUGUUGUCUAUACAUAACUGCAUCGAUUAUACUUAUAAAAUUCUCUAUCUGCACGUAGCCUAUAGAAACCCGCGUACCUAUUACCUACCCAUAGUAAAAUCUUUAGAUAUAGGUAUAGCAUUAAUUAAAAUACUUAACGUUUAUUAAUACUUAAAAUAAAAUAUCAUGUUUUUAUUUUACAUAACGGGUCGAACUCAAAUAUUAAGUAUAUGUAUAUAGAAAUAAUAUUAUUAUAAUAUUCAUAUGCAAAAUUUUUUAAUGCUAUUAAAACUCGAAAUGCCUAUAGUGAAUGUUAAUUUGUGUGAUCGAUUUUUUCAUUGAAUGUGACUAUCGGACAUUCAGAUAAGGUGACUGAUUUAUUACGAUCAAAUGGCUUUUAAUGUUUUCCUCGUCAGAGUUCGUUAACCGAAAAACAACUUGCACGCGAAACUGGGAAAACUUGUAUAUUAUGUUAACUUAAUGUCAUUGUACUAAGAUUUGUUAUACAAAGUAUAAUGAACCGAAAAGAAAAUAUAAAUUAUAGGGACGAUAUUUUGCCGAAUAUAUACUUGUAUAUGAACCGGUUUUAUGGGACGACAAAUUUGGCAUAGGUUGUAAAUAGUAAAUAGUAUAGGAUUACCGUAUUAUGUAUAUAGAUUUACGCAGUUAUAUAUCCUUUUAGUUACUAAAUCCAAACGAGAUAACAUGUUCAAAUUUUAUGGUAUAGAUUAUCAUUUUUAUUUUCAAUUAUUUAUGUUUGCAUUUAUUAUACACGCAUUAAAUAUAUAUUUAAUUUUUUUUCAGAAUCGCCGAAACCGGUUGACGAUAAAUAUAGAAGCGAGUUUGAAGAAUACAUGCGUCAACAAAUCCAACAAUGGCAAAUCGCAGUUGUAAAUGGCCAACAAGUCUCACCACCUGCGGGGUCACAACCUUCUGGACAGCCUCCAUCAAGUGUAUGGAUUCAAGUCCCGGCUAACGGAUAUUACCCUCCGCCAUCAUACCCAUAUCCGUCGUAUCCUCCCCAACAAUACCCAUCACCAUACCCACCUCCGUCUUACCCACCGCCAUCUUACCCAUCACCCUCAUACCCACCGCCAUCCUAUCCACCUCCUUCAUACCCACAGCCAUCGCCGUAUCCUCAACCGUCACCAUAUCCUCAACCAUCUCCUUAUCCUCAACCUUCACCAUACCCACAACAGCCAUUAUAUCCACCGCAACCGGUACCAAGUCCGACGACUGAUAUACCCGAAUUACCAUCAGAAGCAUCCGGAGUAAUAACUCCUCAGCCAGAAGAAUCGAGCAGUGCACCCCCUCAACCAGAAUAUCCAUCCCCGCCAGCACCGGAAUACCCAUCACCACCAGCACCAGAAUAUCCAUCUUCCCCAGCACCAGAAUAUCCAUCUUCUCCAGUACCAGAAUAUCCAUCUCCCUCGGUAUCAGAAGUCCCAGUACCAGAGUCCCCUGCACCAGAAUCACCUGUACCAGAAUCUCCCGUUCCAGAAUAUUCAUCAUCACCAGCACCAGAAAAUCCAUCCUCGACAGCACCAGAAUAUCCAUCUACACCAUCAUCAGAGCAAGCAACUCCGCCUCCAGAAAUUGCAGAUCCCGAUAUUCCGGAAAUCACGCAAGCACCAACAGAUAAGCCGUACCCGACCACUUUAAAACCCGAAGGUUCUACAGAUUUACCGGAAGUUAUUCCGGCAUAUCCGGAUACACAACAACCCGAACAGCCAGGAGUACCCUUAUACCCGGGACAACCAGAAGUACAGACAACUAUUCAACCCGAAACAUCGUCUGAAAGUUAUACAGAUCAACCAACUUAUCCAGAAAAACCUAGUUCGGAAAAUCCCGGAGAAGAACCAGAAGUCACAACAAGUACCGGAACCACAUACUCUCCCGACUACGAAGUUCCGUCGUCAACCGGAUCCCCAUCAUCAGACGUAUUAAAAGCUCAAUGUAAGGAGCCGAGGGGACAAUUCCCGAGCGAGAGCUCUUGCAACAAAUUCAUAAACUGUUGGGACGAAACUGCUAUCGAACAAACGUGUCCCGCGGGAUUAGUGUUCAACCCGGAAAAGAGUUACUGUGAUUAUCCAUCAUACGUGGACUGUGGUUCUAGACCUAUUACAGGUAAAUACAAUAUUCCUGUAUUUCGUUUUUAUAAACGAUUGUUUAUUUUUCUACUGUGUAUCACAAAAUAAAAUGUUUAAUAUAUUUAAAAAUUACGAUUUAACGUUUAUUUUUUCAGUAAACGAAACCAGNAAGCAAAGAAAACUGCGGAGCUUUUUACGUCUGUGUAGCCGGAUCUCCGGUAGAUUUCAUUUGUCCCGGGGGCACUUACUACAACGAGGUAAAUUUCAGAAACUUUAGAAGAAGAAAAAAUCGAUAUAUCAUAGUCUUUUUUUUUUAUUUGAAAUUGUUUUUAGGAUUUCAAAAUCUGUGACUACCCAUACCGCGUGGACUGCAAAGGAUUGCCAAGCAAUCCCGAACCAAUUGAGACUGGAACUGAAGUCGAGCCUAACACUACCUACGCACCUGAAGUGUCGUCCGCCGGCGUUACCACCGAGGCGCAGUCGUCCACCGCGUCGUACGUACUGCUCUCUUCGGCCGAAUCUUCGCCCGCCACAGAAGUGGUACCUACCAUUACCACCGCCGUUGCACCUGUUGUAGCCGACCCAAUAGCUAUUUACAACUACAACCUGAGAAAAAUCCCAGCGAGUGCGUAGUUUGUUUUACGAAUUAAUUAUAGUGUCACCAUCCCAAACCAAAACAGAUUUUUUUCAUUUCUAGUCACCAAAAAUAAAAUUUUGAGUCGACAUUUCCAUCGCUGUAUCCCCGUCCUCUAUAUUUUCUCAGAGGUGGCCAUUACCUAGCACAUUAAUAAUAUCACGUCCGUUUACACGUUUAGGUUUGGUGAACACCGGCGUCCGUUGUAGCCACAAGAACAUUUACCGACUCACUCCUGACUGUUCUUCGGUGACCCUAUGUCGUGAAGGAUUCACACACAUACUCAAUUGUGGACACGAAACCUCCUAUGACAUAGUAAGCCAAAAGUGUAUGGAAAGCAGAAGAGCGAAUUGGUAAGCCAUUAACUUUUUUCGUUUUGUCGGCCUUUAAAUCAAUAUUUUCAAUUUUUGCGAUUAUACAAAUUGAAAUGUAAUUAUUUUGUUUGUUUUUAGUGGUCGAUCGUUCUAG